AUGUCGAAACUUGGAUGGUUUCUCGAAAAAGCGGCCGUCUCUCACGAGCCCGGGCUCUCUAAUGCCCAGUUGAUGUUGACAAACGAGGAUCUGCGACCAGUUGAUCCCGAACGUCGCCAAUGGAAAUGGUGGAACUAUGUCACUUUCUGGAUUGCCGACUCCCUCAACAUUAAUACAUGGAUGAUUUCCUCCUCGAUGAUCGUGGGCGGCCUCUCAUGGUGGCAGGCAUGGAUCUGUGUCUGGAUCGGAUACUUUAUCGCGGCUGGAUUUGUCUGUCUGACCGGUCGCAUCGGUGCUGUCUAUCACAUCUCUUUCCCUGUGACAGCCCGAGCUUCAUUUGGAAUCUGGGGCUCUUUGUGGCCUGUGAUCAACCGAGUCGUGAUGGCGAUCAUCUGGUACGGAGUGCAGAGUUAUAUUGGAGGUGAAUGUGUCACUUUGAUGAUCGAGGCAAUCUGGCCUAGCUACAAGGAUCUACACAAUGGCCUCUCUGCCAGUGCCGGUGUCGAUACCAAGGGCUUCCUCAGCUUCUUCCUCUUCUGGCUUGGGUCUCUUCCCGCUCUCUGGUUCCCCGUGCACAAGAUCCGCCACCUAUUCACCGUCAAGGCUAUCUAUUCGCCUAUUGCCGCUAUUGCUUUCUUCGGCUGGGCUAUCUCGCGAGCUCACGGUAUCGGCCCGAUUGUUCACCAGCCCAACACAGUCCACGGAAGCGCCUUGGCAUGGGCAUUCGUCAAGGCAAUCAUGACCUGCAUCGGGAACUUUGCAGCCCUCAUCAUGAAUGAUCCUGAUUUUACACGCUUUGCCCGAACACCUAAGGAUGCAUUGUGGUCUCAGCUGCUCACCAUUCCUAUCGGUUUCGGAAUCACUUCGUUCAUCGGAAUUAUCGUGUCUUCGUCUUCGUCCGUCAUCUAUGGUGAAGCAGUCUGGAACCCGCUGGACUUGCUAGGCAACUUCCUCGAAGGAGCCAGCUCAGGACAGCGCUUCGGAAUCUUCAUCAUCGCCCUUGGUUUCACCCUCGCUCAACUAGGAACGAACAUCUCCGCCAAUUCAGUCUCUGCCGGCACAGACCUGACUGCCCUGCUUCCGCGAUACCUGAACAUCCGACGUGGUAGCUAUAUCUGUGCCGCCAUCGGUCUGGCCAUGUGCCCUUGGAACCUAGUCAUCGGCUCAAGCCAAUUCACAACGUACCUUUCGGCCUACUCUCUCUUCCUAUCCGCCAUUGCCGGUGUCAUGAUCUGCGAUUACUACUUCGUCCGCCGUGGCUACCUAGACAUCAAAGCCCUAUACAGCGCCAGCAAAACAGACCCGUACUUCUACACGAUGGGUUUUUCCUGGCGCGCCUACGCCGCCUAUCUCAGUGGAAUUUUAAUUAAUAUCGUUGGCUUCGCCGGUGCCGUCGGUUGUGAUGUCCCCAUUGGCGCAGAAUACAUCUACAACGUGAACUACUUCUCCGGCGUGAUUGUCUCCGGUGGCAUGUACUGGAUCCUGACGAAGCUAUUCCCUGUCCCGGCCACGAGUGACCAGUGGAAUGAGGUUGAUAUCGAUACCGAGCCCGACAUCCUGGUUGCAUAUGGACAAGAGAUCAGCGAUGAGGAACAUACUAUUGGCGCAAACCGCUGGGCUACGGAUGCGUUGCCGGUGGAUGAUCAGAAGGGUCUGAAUUCUGCGUCUAAGAAGAUCUGA